GACGCAUCACCGAGUAAUGAAGCCGCCGUGUGGAGAUGCCUGUCGGUGACACACACAGAGGAGCAGCCCGGAGUCUGGAGACAAGCUAGAGAAAGAAGAAACGCUGUGAUAUAUGUGGUUUGUUCUCCUCUUUUUUUUUUUUUUUUUUUUGGUAAAAGCGGGGGAUUAGUUCUCGCUGGAGCGGUUCGUUGUGAAGCACCGGGAGGAUGAACAGCAUAAGACAGGUGCCCACACGGGUGAAGAGCAGGCGGGUUGAGGCCAACCUCGGAGCGGAGAGGGAGCAUUUUGACAAGCAGCAGCUGAGCAGCAUCAGCAAAGCCAUCAACUCCGCUGAGACGCCCGUGAAGGAGAAACAUGCUCGACGAAUCAUCCUGGGGACUCACAGGGAGAAGGGAGCCUACACCUUCUGGUCCUACGCGCUGGGCUUCCCUCUGCACAGCAGCUCCAUCCUCUGCUGGAAGUUCUGCAACGUACUGCACAAAGUCCUGCGGGACGGACACCGCAACGUUCUUCAAGACUGCAUGAGACAUCACGGCUCUCUAGUUGAAAUCGGGAAACUAUGGAGCAACCUCCAUGACAGAUACGGACAGCUGGUGGCUCUGUAUAGCAAGCUGCUCUGCACAAAAAUGGAGUUUCAUACCAAGCAUUCAGAUAUCCCGCCGAACCUGGAGGUCACAGAUGAAGUCCUGGAGCGCACUGCAGGAACAGACAUUAAUAACGUGUUCCAGCUCACGGUGGAGGUGUUCGAUUACUUGGACACAGAGCUGAGGCUGGCGGAGACAGUUCUCCGACAGCUCAACACGUCCAUCGCCAUCUCCACGCUCACGUCGGGUCAGUGUCGGCUAGCUCCGCUCAUCCAAGUGAUCCAGGACUGUAGUCACCUGUACCACUUCACCGUCAAGCUGCUGUUCAAGCUCCAUGCCUGUCUCCCAGCUGACACUUUGCAAGGACACCGUGAUCGUUUCCAUGACCAGUUCCACAGCCUUAAGACCUUCUUCAAUAAAGCCAGAGACAUGAUGUACUUCAAGAGACUCAUCCAGAUUCCUAAACUGCCUGAUUCCCCACCUAACUUUCUGCACGCAGCCUCGCUGGCCAAGCACGUGAAGCCGGUGGUGGUCAUCCCUGAUGAGGAGCCAGAGCAACAGGACGAUGAUGAUGACGACCCCGAGCCCCUCAUCGAGGUCAGCGACGUCUCAACGCCCAGCGUACAGGCGCAGCCUCAGCUGGACAUUUUCGAUAAGGCGUUUGGACCUCCAAACGGCGGCUUCGAUGACAGGGAUCUCCAGAUUGAAAGUCUGAAGAGAGACCUGGAGUUGCUGAGAGCAGAGCUGGAGAGAGUCAAAGCAGAGGCUCAACGCUACAUCACACAGCUCAAGUCCCAGAUCAACAGUUUGGAGGCCGAACUAGAAGAGCAGCGCGCUCAGAAACAACGGGCCCUUGUGGAAAAUGAGCAACUGCGCAUGGAGCUGGAGGCUACACGUCGCCGUAACGCUGAACAUGAGAGCUUACAGACCACCUUCAUCGAAGCAGAAAAAAGAUCGCAGGCCACUGAGCAGCGGUACAAUAAGCUGAAGGAGAAGCACACAGAGCUGGUGGCCAGCCAUGCCGAACUGCUUCGGAAGAGUGCAGACACUGUGAAGAUGCUGUCAGCGACCCAGCAGACCCAGGACGAGGUGGAGAGGACCAAACAGCAGCUGUCGUUUGAGAUUGAUCGGAUAAAACAGGAGGCUGACAUGAAGCUGGAAGAGCAGAAGUUUGAAAUGGAGAAACUGAGGAGAGAGCUGGAGGAGAAGAUGGCAGAAGUGACGCGGAUCAAGGGGACUUUGCAGAGUAGCGAGAAGGCGUCGGAGCAAGUCACCAGCUCAAUGACAGCUCUGCAGGCAGAGAAGGAGCGUCUGAUGCGAUCUGUGAGUGAGAAGGAGGCGGAGCUGUCGUCUCUGCGGCAGGCCGCGCAGGCGCAGCAGUCGUCGCUUCGGCAGGAGCAAGAAAGAAGCAGCAGGGAGCUGGGAGAGCUGCAAGGCAAACUGCAGGAGAAGUCAAGUCAGGAGGAGCAGCUGAAGCAGAAGCUUCUGGAGGAGCAGUUCGCUCUGCUGCAGGGUACCGUCACAGAGGCGGAGAGCAUCAUCCAAGAUGCGGUAGCUAAGCUGGAUGAUCCCCUCCAUGUACGCUGCACCAGCUCUCCAGAUUACCUCAUAAGUCGGGCGGAGGCCACGCUGGGCUCGGUAGACAAAGUGAAGAAGGGUCAUGCUGAUUAUCUGAGUAAUAUGAGGGAUGCUGGAGGGCUGCUGAGGGCUCUGACCCAAUUCUCCCACUUGGCUGCGGAUACAAUCAUCAACGGCAGCGCCACGGCACACAUGGCGCCCACUGACCAUGCAGACCGACUGACGGAGAACUGCAGAGGCUGUGCCACCGAGAGUCUGCAGUUCUUUAAGGACCUAAAGAGCAAGACCACCCUCCAGAGGGCAGACCCAGCCUCCAUUCGCAUAGUCAUUCAAAAGAUCCUGCACUUGGGCCAGGAGUUGCGGCCAAAAGGCUCGGACGUUCGUCAGGAAGAGCUUGGAGAUCUGGUCGAGAAGGAAAUGGCUGCGACAUCAGCUGCUAUAGAGGAGGCAGUCCGCAGGAUUGAUGAAAUGAUGAAUCAGGCACGAAAGGACACAACAGGAAUAAAACUGGAGGUUAAUGAAAGAAUCCUUUUCAGCUGCACAGACCUGAUGAAGGCCAUCCGCAUGUUGAUCAUAGCAUCCACAGACUUGCAAAAGGAGAUUGUCGAGGGUGGGAGGGGCGCAGCCACCAUCAAGGAGUUCUACGCCAGAAACUCGCGCUGGACUGAGGGACUCAUCUCUGCUGCCAAGGCCGUGGGAUGGGGAGCCACAGAGAUGGUGGAGUCUGCUGAUAAGGUGGUGCUGCACACCGGCAAAUAUGAAGAGCUGAUUGUCUGCUCCCACGAGAUCGCUGCCAGCACGGCACAGCUGGUUGCUGCCUCAAAGGUUAAAGCAGAUCGUCACAGUACGAGGCUGACGACUCUCCAGCAGGCUUCUCGCCAUGUGAACCAAAUGGCAGCUAAUGUGGUGGCGUCAACAAGGACCGGCCAGGAGCACCUGGAGGAGAAAGAUACCAUGGACUUCUCUGGGAUGUCCCUCAUCAAGUUAAGAAAGGAAGAAAUGGAGUCGCAGGUGAAGGUGCUGGAACUGGAGAGUCACCUGGAGAACGAGCGUCUGCGUUUGGGCGAGCUGAGGAAGAAGCACUACGAGUUGGCGGGAGUCCCUCUUGAACCAGAGGGGAACGGCGUCCGCUCGCCCUCGCCGGCCCAUCCUGGCACCAUGUCACCAAAACCCUCCAAGCCCGCUCUCAUGAAGAAACCCGCGCUGGCCCAAAAACCCACCAUACCAUCCAAAAGCAUGUUUAAAUAAUGCCUGAGCAGCGGAGGAAACUGCUCCACUGACGGAUGGUUGGACCAGAGAAACAUCGCCUUUUUAUGAACAUAAUGUUCCUUUUUAGUUCUAUGCUGACAAUCCUCUGCCUCAAUCUGCGUGUCUUUUUUUUUCCUUUUCUCAUUUCUUUGUUUUGUUUUUUUUGCCAAAAUGGACCAGAAGCCUGAUUUUUGACCCCUGAUGCCUGUAAAUGCAAAAUACUGUCUCUACCCCCCCUUUUUUAAAAGAUACGUACGCAUGCCGUCAUCAAGGCAGAACUGUUUUUAACUGCAAUAAGAACAAAAAAAAAAGGUUAAUGGUGUAAUUUUAGGCUGUGUGAGGUUUUUUCUGCAUCAUGAGAAUUUUAAAUGAUCGAGCAUUACAGCUGCUUUUAGGAUACAAAACUUGAUGAUAAUCACAAAUUGACAGUAUAUCUUGUACCUCUAUGUCUGUACUUCUUUUUGAUUAGUCUUUGGAAAACCAUUUUUGCACACUACUUUGGACGUUCAUCACAGAGCACAUCACGUUAUUCUUAAUGUACACUAUGCUAUUUAUGUUGUGGUGCGCUGUAAAGGAAACUGGGGAAUCACAUCACGAGUGUCCAUGUUACUGCAAGAUUCACAUACCUCUGGCUUUGCCUUUUAUGAUGGACAGUUUUCCUCUCAUGUGCAACACACCUUUCUUUCUCAACAGUACACGAUUGUCUCAGAUGCCUUGAAAUGUACUGUACUAAUGCAUUGAAUAUUACCUGUGAAGACAUACCGUCUGUAAAGGAGUGUGCAUCACACAUCAAGGAUAAUUUAUAUCCACUCAUCUCCUGAAUGUCUCUUUAGUAGAGGAGCGCCUAGGAUUUGUGAACGUAUAUAGGUAGACUUAAUUAUUGCGCAGAAAUAUUGGCUGUAGGCGUCCUUAAUUAUCAAAUGCUUCUUUUAGGCUGAAUAUGGAGAUUUAGGGUUAGUUAAUGAUGAAGGUGUUAAAGUCCUCUAUGUCUCUGGGCGCUUUUCUUACAGGGUCUUAAAAUGCAUCUUUUUAUGUUCUGUCUUUCCUCUGUAUGAAAUGUCUUUAUACACUCAGAUCUAUUAAUAUAUUUUAGUAAAGAUAAUGGUGGUUUCUCAUUGUAAGAAGUGUAAAUGUCAAACAAAUGAACAAUAAAUGUUUGAUUUAAUGUCC